CGGCAGACUCGACUUUUAGAAAUAGCUUGUAAUGAAUCUUGCAUUUUCCUCUCUCCUGGCGCUCAGCUUUUUCUAGGCUCACACCUCAGCUUCCCGGCCUUGGGAGAAGGCUCCAUACUAUUCUUGUCCCAGUUUCCCGCAUUGACUCCUGGACUCCAAAGGGUUGAUCGGCGGGGACCGGAAGUGUGCACUGUAGUGCCGGAUCCCCCGCGAACCACCGCCGGAAGUAGCUGCUGCUAGAGGAGGGUUCCGCCGGCUUGGUCAUGGCGGCGAUUCCCCCCGACUCCUGGCAGCCGCCCAACGUUUUCCUGGAGACCAGCAUGGGAAUCAUCGUGCUGGAGCUGUACUGGGAGCACGCACCAAAGACCUGUAAGAACUUCGCGGAGUUGGCCCGGCGCGGUUAUUACAACGGCACCAAGUUCCACAGAAUCAUCAAGGACUUUAUGAUCCAGGGCGGUGACCCGACAGGGACAGGUCGCGGCGGCGCAUCCAUCUACGGCAAACAGUUUGAAGAUGAGCUUCACCCCGACCUCAAGUUCACCGGGGCUGGGAUCCUCGCGAUGGCCAACGCGGGGCCGGACACCAACGGCAGCCAGUUCUUCGUGACCCUCGCCCCCACCCAGUGGCUCGAUGGCAAGCACACCAUCUUCGGCCGCGUGUGCCAGGGGAUCGGCAUGGUGAACCGCGUGGGGAUGGUGGAAACCAACUCCCAGGACCGGCCCGUGGACGACGUGAAGAUCAUCAAGGCGUACCCUUCCGGGUAGACCUUCACCCUCUCAGAUGCGGCCGCCCGGCGUCCGGAAGAGCCCGACUACGUGGGCUCUGAACUUCAUUUUGGCAUCGCACCCUCAGGGUCCCUGGUGAGCCAGAGGCGGAAGCGCAGCUUGCCAGGGUACCAGGACGCGUCUUUUUCUCCCCAGGGUCUGGGCUGGCGCGACCCUGGUGGCGCUCACCUCGGUGACCCGUCCCUGACUUUCCCGUGUGCCCUGCGCUGACGCAUGCGCAUCGAAAGGACGCAGACUCCACCCUUUACAGGUUUACAUUCCGGCCCUCUCUCCGGGACCUAGAGGCCACCGCCCCACAAUUCCAAGCGAGCGGCGCCUGCUGCCCGUCCCCUCGGACACCCGCCCGUCUCCACCGUGCUUCCAGGGAAUAGGAAUGCGUCUUGCUAUGCUCUCCCUCAAAGCCAGAGCCUUGACACUGCUGUUCUGACACGCAGACAUCCCACGCAAAGCCACACUGGAUUUUUGCCAAAUGAAAAAUGCAUCCAGCAAUCAGAGCCCUAAGAAGGUGUCCAGGGAAUGAUAAUGUGCGGUGAUCGAGAGUGGAAUUUAUCAGAAGGCGGCAGAAGUGUUGACCAUUUCUUCCCCAGGGAGGGGUGCAAAUCUCCGGAGCUCAAGGACAGACUGUGUUCUCUGCAACAGCAGCCCCUUGUGAGCGGGGCACCGCUCAGCUCUUUUAAUUAGUAAGACUUUGGAGAAAUUAGAUAAGAGAGUUUUGUACUUUUUUGAAAAAUCUUGGUGGGGAGGGAGGAAGGGUGAGGAAGGGAGUUAAUACCUUUGUGAUACACAGAUCCAUCAAAAUAAAACGCCUUCCGUUGAUGGUUGAAAUCA